UUGUUUGUCUGUUUUAGGUGUGCGAAGAAACACUGACGGCGCAAAAAGAACGACUGAGCGAGCUGCGAGACAUGGUGGCGAAGAUAGCCGAGGAUGUGGGCGUGGAGGGCAGCGCUCUCUUGCAGGGCGAAGUGGAAUCUCUGGCUCGCCGCCUGGAGGACGUGAAGGAGGCGAUCACCACCCUGGCGCACAUCUCUGAGGACAAGGAACAGUGCACUGACGACCUGUCCAAGACUAAGCACUUCUUGGAGAAUCUUCGCGAGAGUCUAGUAAAAGUGGACAUAUCAUCGGACGAGGGGGCCAGCGAGCAGUUGCACGCCCUGAGGAGUCACCUACUAGCGCUCGGAAAAGCCGACGGUCAACUGCAGAAUCUUCGCAACAAGUCUUCCACCAUUUCCACAAUCCCCACUAGCAAACAGGAUACUACCAUCGUUGAUAUAUUACAGUUAUGGCAGCAGGUCUUCAAGGAGACCUUCCAGCAAUACCAUCGUCUGUCAGCGCGCCUAGUGAAGAGCCAGGACAGUGCAGAGGCGUUGCGACUCUGGCAAGAGUAUCUGCUGCAUGUUCAGGAGUUCCUAUCAACACCGAUACCUGACGACUACGAUAGUCUUGCGGAACACCAGAAUUUGUGUCAGGUGCAUCAAAACCUUCUUGGCAGCCAGAAAUCACUACUAAUGAAUAAGAGCGAAACGGAAGCGUCUGCCGAUCUGCCUGUAGUGGAGCAGUUCAACUCCCUCACGAAUCUUCACAAUGAGACCCUUUCCAAGAUAAUGGAUCGUGAGUCCAUGGUGAGGACACGUUUGGCAGCUUGGGAAAAGUACAGGAAAGAUCAAAUGAUGCUUCUGUCCUGGCUACAGGAUGUCGAAAAAGAACGCAACUGCCUAAAACUGAGAUACAUCCAUAUUCGGAUGAUAGGAAAACUCCUUUCAAAAAUAAAGGCAUUGCUGGAGAAAAUUCCAGACGGCGAGUCGCAGGCAGAUAGUCUCGGAAAGCAGCUGGAGAAGUUGACGGAGCAUUGCGAUUCUGGUUUAGCCACCUCUGUCCGCAUGGAACAUUCGGCCAUUGUUGAUAGAAUCAGCAACUUGCACGCUGCUCUUGAAACAUGGCGUAAAUUCCUAGAAGGCAUACUGGAGGUGACAGAAUCGUAUGAAACACAGAUGACCAACGUGCAACAAACGUUUGCUGAGUUGAACACACUGCUUGUCGGCGAGAUGGGACAGUGCGAUGAGCCUACUCCGAUCUCUCUGUCUAAAAUCCAACAGAGAUUGGACAAUGUAAAGAGCGCCCAGGAGCGAGUGAAAGGCCUGUCUCUUGAGCUGGACUCACUGGGAGUGCUGCAAGGCCAGCUGAAGGAGUCGGUGAGCCCAGUCGACAUGAAGGCCAUCAACCAACGCAUGUGGCUGCUUCGGCAGCAGCAGGCUGACCUUGACCAUCAGCUCACUCUGCUCAUCUACCAGCUCGAGGAGAAGAUGCAGCUAAGCGGCAUGUUUGACAAGAGACAAAAACGAUUCCUGACAUGGGUGGACGAGAUAGAGUCGCGCAUCGAAGGCCUGUCGCAGGAGCAGGGGAGCGGAGGGGCGGACCAGGUGCUGAGGCGGCUGGAGACUGAGCUGCAGGCGGAAGUGGUGCUGAAGCGGCGGGAGGUGGAGUGGCUCACGGAAGCGGGAAGCCAGCUGGCGGCAGCGGAGACGGACGACAGUCGGACGGAUGUCGCUGGCAAGUCGGACGACAGUCGGCCGAAUGUCACCGGCAAGUUGGCCGCUGUCACCGAUGCCUGGGAACGGCUGCAGCAGCUCACCAAUGCUAGGGCCAACAAGCUCAGGCAUAUUAUACAGGUAUGCCUACAAUGUUCACUUUGUUAUUUAGGGUUACUUGUAUGUACAAUGAAAAUCACAAAAUCAAAUACCGUAUCAUAUUCAAUUCUAAAAUUAUCAAAUAGUUCGGACGAGUGCACCAAAGACGACUUCGACAAGAAACUCUUGCAGCACGAAGAACUCCAGACAAACAUAGAAAAGCAUAGUAGAAAGAUUGGGGAUGUCCUCAACUUUUUUGAACUUCUUCUAAACGACUGUGACAAUUGCAGAAUCGCUCUCAGCACUGAAGGAAUUACAUCAACGAUGAAGACUUUGGAAAAGAGAUGGAUGAACGUGUGCGUGCUAUCGGCGGAGAAGAAGCGGCAAAUGCUGACCCUGUGGGCGCUGCUGCAGGAGGUGUUGAAGGGCUGCGAGGCUCAGGAGGAGUGGCUCGCCAAGCAGGAGUCCUGUCUGGCGCAACUCAGUCGGCAAACCGAGGGAGCCCGCUUUCAACAUCUCGGACAACUGAUUGCUGAAGUCGAGGCGGUAGAAACAGAGAUAGAAUGUCGUCGCCCUGCACUGUCCCUGUUGGAGCAAUCGUACUCCCGACUGACAACUCAGAACUUUGUCGAGAACCUGACUGUGAACGUGCGUUCAGUUCUGCAGAGAUGGUACGACCUGGCAAGCUGUAGCUCCGAACUACUCAUCAAACUCAACGCUGCUUUGCAAAAAUGGAGAGAAUUCGCCAACGCUCACGGUCGUGCUGUGUUAGCUCUGACUCAGGCUGAUGUGAGAUUGACUGAAGUGCAGUACUUGGACUCGCCUGAAUGCAGUCAAGACGAGGCGCAGAGGCAUAAAAUGAAACAAAUACAGCUUUUGAGAGCAGACCUGCGCAGUCAUGAGGAGUUGAUGAAGUUGGCUGACAUUUCGGGUGAAGAACUGCUGGAGACGUGUGUCUCUGCUGAUGUGACCGAAAUUCAGCUGAUGAUGCAAGAGUACCACAAUAUCUUUGGUGACCUCAAAACACGUCUGGAAGCGUUUGAGAUCGAGUGUGAAAAAGAACUGAAGAAAAAACAGGUUGUGAGCGAAGGAGUGCAAGUUGAAACGUUGAGAUUCGAAACGGACUCUUCGGUUCAAGUGAAUACUCUGCCGGUCACUGUAUUGAGGCAAGACGCCUACCUGCACGAGUUGAGGGCCACCAUUAGGGAGAGUCAGGACAACCUGGACAAACUGCAGAAGAUGCAGCCUGUCGCUGGAAAAUCUAUGAUAAGAGCAGUGAAAUCGUGCCAAUCGAGUGUGGAGCUUGCCAAACAUCUGUGCCACCUUCUCCAAGAGCAGUGCAACCUGAGAGCAGACGACGCAUGCGUCACUGAAGUCGACGAACUGUCCAACCGGUUGGAUAUUCUCCUGUCCAGGGUUCAAGAACAGGAACGCCAGAAUCAAGAAUCGAGCAACAGCGCGCGACUGACCUGCCCCCUGUGUUCACACCGCAACUGGCAGCAGCUGGAGAACGACAUCUGGCGACUGGAGCAGUGGCUGCAGCACUCGGAGGCCACUCAGUCGCUCUACCCAGCCACACCUCCCACCAACAUUGAACAACUCGAAGACACCGUGCAAGAUCUAUGGGAGAUGCUCCUGAAUCUAGACAGCCACAAGAGUCUGGUGGUGUCACUGAACAUAGUGGGGAAACACCUGGCAGAACACACAGAGGACGAAGUGAAGGCCAGCGAGCUGAGAGAGAGGCUGGCGAGGAUCAACCAUCGCUGGGAUAUGGUGUGCGCCGAGUCGUCCAGGUGGCAGAAUAUGCUGCAGACUGCACUCAUGGAGAACGAGGAGUUCCACGAGACAAUAAUGAAUCUUGUAGCUUGGUUGGAAAAAACUGAAAACUCAAUUCGUAUGACAGAGCCAGUUGAUUUGGCUGAGGAUAGACAGAUUAUUCAAGCAAAGUACAACAAGUUCAAAGAUUUGCAUCGAGAUCUGGAAAGAUGCGAGCCGAAGGUGAUGUCGCUGCAGGAGACGGCCAAUCACGUGCUGCGCAACACCGGUCCCCAAGAUGGCGGCCAAGACGUGUGUGCCAACCUCACCAACCUGCGUCUGAAGCUGCACUCUCUGAUCCGGCUGACCGGCGUCUAUGUGCUGAAACUGGGCGCCACCCUCGGCCAUCAGCCUUCCGAGCUCGUCACCAUUGUCUCCCGGAACAUACCGCUGAACAGUCUCGCUAGUGAACUUUUGGACGAAGCAGCAGGUGGUGCUCCUCGCCUUGAUCUGCAGACUGCAACGGACGAAGUUGACACAACCGUUCUGACAAGGAGCUACCGAUUCCUGGGCCGCGUGCUGCGCGCGUCUCUGCCCAUCCAGGCGCUGAUGCUGCUGCUAUUGGGCGUCGCGACGCUCGUGCCUGUCAGUGAGGACGACUACUCCUGUCUCCUCAGGAACAAUUUCGCGCGAAGUCUGGAACCGAUGCUGCGAUAUGACAAUGGACCUCCGCCCGUCUAAACGACCAAGAAAUCAACGAUCAAGGAUCGUUCACUAGUUAAUCCUUGAUUAACUGAUUGAUCAAGAACUUUCCUCAAGUCAAUCAAGAACAACUAAUGACACAAUAACUGAUCGAUCAGGAACUGUUCACAAGUUAAUCAAGAACUGAUGACACAAUAACUGAUCGAUCAGAAACCGUUCACAAGUUAAUCAAGAACUGAUGACACAAUCACUGAUCGAUCAGGAACUGUUCACAAUUUAAUCAAUAUCUAAUGACACAAUAACUGAUCGAUCAGGAACUGUUCACAAGAACUGAUGACACAAUAACUGAUCGAUCAGGAACUGUUCACAAGAACUGAUCGAUGACAACAAUCAUUCAUUGAUAGAGAAAAUAAUUAAUCUUUGUUAAUAAGUCUUCAUCGAUGACAACAAAAAUUCAUUGUUGUAAACAACCUUUCAUCGAUGGAAACAACAAUAAUUGAUUGAUUACAACAAUUGAUGUUAACAUUACUUCAUCAUUGACAACAAAAAUUCAUCAAUGUAAUCAAAAAUACAUCAAUGACUACUUCUAAACAAUUGACUGGCACUUUACCCAACCUAAAUAAUUGAGCUUGAAAGAUGAGCUCCCUAAAUCAUAAAGAUAUUGAUUGUUAUGCAAUGCAUUAUAUAUUACAGGGAUAAUUGACAAGAACUUACAAAGUUGCAAAACUUAAAUUAUGUUUAGAAAGUUACUAAUCGGAUUAAAUAAUCCGAAAUAAAAUAGUUACUAAUUGGAAACAUUGCAAUACACAUGUGAACUUUCUGAAAUAUUGAGAUCAAUUAUUAUCUUAUAAGUGUAAGUAAAUUUGAAAACAUCAUAUUGUUAACUUUGUGCUGUUAACAUGGAUAAAUAUUUAUCAGUCGACAUCCAUCUAACAACCUUAUUUAUAAUAUUUAAUGAGAGUAUCUUACGCUGAAAUGUACCAAGCAUGUAUAAAAUACCUGAUUUAAACAUGUAAAGGAGAUGAGAUUGAAACAAAUAUUGUUAUCAAAAUUCACCGAUCAUUACUGUUGUGAAUAUUCAGAAUCAUGAUGAAUUUAUCUCAUGUAUCAUUGCUGUAGCUUGAAGAUGCGUUUGAAGCAAAUUAUUGAACUGUAAUUUUGAUCUUCAAUUAUUGUAAAUAUCCAGAAAAUCCAAACGAAGGAUCGAAGGAUAAUAAUCAUCACGUUAAAAAGACGAUGUUCAGCUCUUCCUAAAUCCUAAUAUUAUGUCAAUUCCUACAAUUGUAGUUACUUAGGCAAAUAUUGCUAGUGAUUCAUCUUCCAGCGAUGAAGCUAUACUUUGGAACAGAUUGUGAGUCGCAAGAAUGAAAUUUUUCCAUUUAAUGGUUGUGAUUGGGUUGAGAAUUGCCUGGGUCUAGUUAUUCAUUUCUUGGAUGGUUAUUGGAAAAGAAAAUAUUACUGCAGUUAUUUUUAUCUGUUUUUAUUGUAAAUUUAGAUUCUUUGCUCCGUCCUUUUAAUAAUUGUUUUACGGUGUGGGUGAAUUAAUUUAAGACCAUUUUACAGUCGUUGGGAUCUGACUAAUUUAUGAAUUUAUUUUGUCAAUAAAACUUUUAUUCUUCCAUUAAUUCAUUGUACAGUAUUUUAUUGUUUUAAAUUAUAUUUCGGCCCAGUGAUAACGGAUAUGAGCUUAUAAAGUUACUAAAUGAAUAAAGUAAGAUGUUGAAGAUAUUACAAUGCAGCCAGUCCAUGCCAGCAUGGUCCGGCCUGCUGUAAA